AUGGUCCGCCUCAGACUCACCAACAAUCAAACCGGUCACGGUGUCAAUGCCGAAAUCCCACUGGUGAACCAUCAACAACCUAUCAGCCAAUUCUACGCCAGCUCCUUUGACUCGAGCGGCAAAUUCAUGAUCAACGCCGCCGAACUGACCGCCGAUUUCCAGGGCGUCGAGGUCGUUGUCAAUGCGGGCGGACAAUCGGUUACCCUGACGACCAAUCAGAACUCGAAGCAGUUCAACGGCCUGGUUGAUGCGGCCCAUGGCAGUAUUUUGGCGAGGAAAGCCUGA